CAGUGUCAGGUCCAUAGGAGGAACCUUUUGGAGCUACAGAUAGAGAGGGGGAGGAAGAGAGAGAGAGAUGAGUGUUGCCGCGUGCAGCAGUGUAGCGGGUCUUUUAAAGGCGCCGGUUCGCUGCUCUUUUCCUUCUUCUCCCUCUGCUCUCCUCUCCGUCGCCACCGCCAGGAGCAGCGGUAAGCCUGGCCUCACGAUCUUCUCUUCUAAGGCUGCUGUUCGACAUUCCGACUUAGAACGCCCAAGAUCCGUCAGCAGCCGAGCAGUCCGAGCCAUGGCUUCUUCAGACACCGCAGCCACCGAGGCAGCAACGAAACCAUUCGCCGUGCUCUUCGUCUGCCUCGGAAACAUAUGCAGAAGCCCAGCUGGGGAAGGUGUAUUUAGAGAUGUCGUCAAGAAAAGAGGUUUAGAGUCCAAGUUCAACAUUGACUCUGCUGGGACAAUUAACUACCAUGAGGGUAACCUUGCUGAUCCAAGAAUGAGAUCUGCAGCACGGACACGCGGAAUAGAGAUAACUUCUAUUUCAAGGCCAAUACGACCAUCAGAUUUUAAAGAUUUUGAUUUGAUACUUGCAAUGGAUAAACAAAAUAGAGAGGACAUAUUGGAUGCUUUUGAUAGGUGGAAGGCCAGGGACUCCCUUCCUGCUGAUGCCGCAACAAAGGUUAAGUUAAUGUGCUCCUACUGUAAGCGGCACAAGGAGACUGAGGUGCCAGAUCCAUAUUACGGGGGACCACAGGGAUUUGAGAAGGUUUUGGAUUUGCUUGAAGAUGCUUGCGAGUCACUACUGGAUAGCAUCGUUUCUCAGAACCAGCAUAUUUUGGGUCAUGGUCCUUCCAACUGACAUUUGCUCACGUGGACAAUCAGAUUGCAUACAGUCUGAUUCUUCCGCCGAGACAUAGCUAAUAGUCUCAGCUGUUUACACUUGUCGCAAGUUAGACAUUACACAAAGAGUAAUGGGAGAUGAAAAAUAUUAGACUUGUCUAAUGAGAUGGGGGGCGUUACUUAGAUGA